GCGGGCCGUAGGCAAAGGGAGGUGGGGAGGCGGUGGCCGGCGACUCCCCGCGCCCCGCUCGCCCCCCGGCCCUUCCCGCGGUGCUCGGCCUCGUUCCUUUCCUCCUCCGCUCCCUCCGUCUUCUAUACCCGCCCCGCGCGGCUUUCGGCCGGCGUGCCUCGCGCCCUAACGGGCGGCUGGAGGCGCCAAUCAGCGGGCGGCAGGGUGCCAGCCCCGGGGCUGCGCCGGCGAAUCGGCGGGGCCCGCGGCCCAGGGUGGCAGGCGGGUCUACCCGCGCGGCCGCGGCGGCGGAGGAGCAGCUCGCCAGCCAGCAGCCCGCCAGCCGCCGGGAGCCCCCUCCAUCCCAUCGGAAGAGGAAGGAACAAAAGGUCCCGGACCCCCCGGAUCUGACGGGGCGGGACCUGGCGCCACCUUGCAGAUACCUGAAAAAAGCGGCAGUCUGCAACCCAGAAGAGGGCCUUACUUGGAACCUAACCAUGCUGGUACCCUGAUCUCGGACUUGCAGCCUCCGGAACUGUUCGAUACAAGAGGCUGUUUUCCUAGCGUGGCUUGCUGCCUUUGGUAAGAACAUGUCGUCCAUCUUGCCAUUCACGCCGCCAGUUGUGAAGAGACUGCUGGGAUGGAAGAAGUCAGCUGGUGGGUCUGGAGGAGCAGGCGGAGGAGAGCAGAAUGGGCAGGAAGAAAAGUGGUGUGAGAAAGCAGUGAAAAGUCUGGUGAAGAAGCUAAAGAAAACAGGACGAUUAGAUGAGCUUGAGAAAGCCAUCACCACUCAAAACUGUAAUACUAAAUGUGUUACCAUACCAAGCACUUGCUCUGAAAUUUGGGGACUGAGUACACCAAAUACGAUAGAUCAGUGGGAUACAACAGGCCUUUACAGCUUCUCUGAACAAACCAGGUCUCUUGAUGGUCGUCUCCAGGUAUCCCAUCGAAAAGGAUUGCCACAUGUUAUAUAUUGCCGAUUAUGGCGCUGGCCUGAUCUUCACAGUCAUCAUGAACUCAAGGCAAUUGAAAACUGCGAAUAUGCUUUUAAUCUUAAAAAGGAUGAAGUAUGUGUAAACCCUUACCACUAUCAGAGAGUUGAGACACCAGUUUUGCCUCCAGUAUUAGUGCCCCGACACACCGAGAUCCUAACAGAACUUCCGCCUCUGGAUGACUAUACUCACUCCAUUCCAGAAAACACUAACUUCCCAGCAGGAAUUGAGCCACAGAGUAAUUAUAUUCCAGAAACGCCACCUCCUGGAUAUAUCAGUGAAGAUGGAGAAACAAGUGACCAACAGUUGAAUCAAAGUAUGGACACAGGCUCUCCAGCAGAACUAUCUCCUACUACUCUUUCCCCUGUUAAUCAUAGCUUGGAUUUACAGCCAGUUACUUACUCAGAACCUGCAUUUUGGUGUUCAAUAGCAUAUUAUGAAUUAAAUCAGAGAGUUGGAGAAACCUUCCAUGCAUCACAGCCCUCACUCACUGUAGAUGGCUUUACAGACCCAUCAAAUUCAGAGAGGUUCUGCUUAGGUUUACUCUCCAAUGUUAACCGAAAUGCCACAGUAGAAAUGACAAGAAGGCAUAUAGGAAGAGGAGUGCGCUUAUAUUACAUAGGUGGGGAAGUUUUUGCUGAGUGCCUAAGUGAUAGUGCAAUCUUUGUGCAGAGCCCCAAUUGUAAUCAGAGAUAUGGCUGGCACCCUGCAACAGUGUGUAAAAUUCCACCAGGCUGUAAUCUGAAGAUCUUCAACAACCAGGAAUUUGCUGCUCUUCUGGCUCAGUCUGUUAAUCAGGGUUUUGAAGCCGUCUAUCAGCUAACUAGAAUGUGCACCAUAAGAAUGAGUUUUGUGAAAGGGUGGGGAGCAGAAUACCGAAGGCAGACGGUAACAAGUACUCCUUGCUGGAUUGAACUUCAUCUGAAUGGACCUCUACAGUGGUUGGACAAAGUAUUAACUCAGAUGGGAUCCCCUUCAGUGCGUUGCUCAAGCAUGUCAUAAAGCUUCACCAAUCAAGUCCCAUGAAAAGACUUAAUGUAACAACUCUUCUGUUAUAGCAUUGUGUGUGGUCCCUAUGGACUGUUUACUAUCCAAAAGUUCAAGAGAGAAAACAGCACUUGAGGUCUCAUCAAUUAAAGCACCUUGUGGAAUCUGUUUCCUAUAUUUGAAUAUUAGAUGGGAAAAUUAGUGUCUAGAAAUACUCUCCCAUUAAAGAGGAAGAGAAGAUUUUAAAGACUUAAUGAUGUCUUAUUGGGCAUAAAACUGAGUGUCCCAAAGGUUUAUUAAUAACAGUAGUAGUUACGUGUACAGGUAAUGUAUCAUGAUCCAGUAUCACAGUAUUGUGCUGUUUAUAUACAUUUUUAGUUUGCAUAGAUGAGGUGUGUGUGUGCGCUGCUUCUUGAUCUAGGCAAACCUUUAUAAAGUUACAGUACCUAAUCUGUUAUUCCCACUUCUCUGUUAUUUUUGUGUCUUUUUUAAUAUAUAAUAUAUAUCAAGAUUUUCAAAUUAUUUAGCAGCAGAUUUUCCUUGUAGAAAAACUAAUUUUUCUGCCUUUUACCAAAAAUAAACUCUUGGGGGAAGAAAAGUGGAUUAACUUUUGAAAUCCUUGACCUUAAUGUGUUCAGUGGGGCUUAAACAGUCAUUCUUUCUGUGGUUUUUUGUUUUGUUUUGUUUUUUUGUUUUUAACUGCUAAAUCUUAUUAUAAGGAAACCAUACCGAAAACCUUUCCAAGCCUCUUUUUUCCAUUCCCAUUUUUGUCCUCAUAAUCAAAACAGCAUAACAUGACAUCAUCACCAGUAAUAGUUGCACUGAUACUGCUGGUACCAGUUAAUUCUGGGAUACAGUAAGAAUUCAUAUGGAGAAAGUCCCUUUGUCUUAUGCCCAAAUUUCAACAGGAAUAAUUGGCUUGUAUAAUCUAGCAGUCUGUUGAUUUAUCCUUCCACCUCCUAAAAAAUGCAUAGGUGGCAGUAUAAUUAUUUUCAGGGAUAUGCUAGAAUUACUUCCACAUAUUUAUCCCUUUUUAAAAAAGCUAAUCUAUAAAUACCGUUUUUCCAAAGGUAUUUUACAAUAUUUCAACAGCAGACCUUCUGCUCUUCGAGUAGUUUGAUUUGGUUUAGUUACCAGAUUGCAUUAUGAAAUGGGCCUUUUGUAAAUGUAAUUGUUUCUGCAAAAUACCUAGAAAAGUGAUGCUGAGGUACGAUCAGCAGAUAUGGGCUAUCUGUUUUUAAAGUAUGUUGUAUUCAGUUUAUAAAUUGAUUGUUAUUCUACACAUAAUUAUGAAUUCAGAAUUUUAAAAAUUGGGGGAAAAGCCAUUUAUUUAGCAAGUUUUUUAGCUUAUAAGUUACCUGCAGUCUGAGCUGUUCUUAACUGAUCCUGGUUUUGUGAUUGACAAUAUUUCAUGCUCUGUAGUGAGAGGAGAUUUCCGAAACUCUGUUGCUAGUUCAUUCUGCAGCAAAUAAUUAUUAUGUCUGAUGUUGACUCAUUGCAGUUUAAACAUUUCUUCUUGUUUGCAUCUUAGUAGAAAUGGAAAAUAACCACUCCUGGUCGUCUUUUCAUAAAUUUUCAUAUUUUUGAAGCUGU